GAGCUAGAAAUGUGUAUCACCAGUUAUUCAUGAGCAGUCUACUUAUGGAUUUGAAAUACAAGAAACUUUUUGCUAUCCGCUUUGCAAGAAAUUACCGGCAGUUGCAGAGAGAUUAUAUGGAGGAUGAUCACGAACGGGCAGUAUCGGUGGCUGCUCUGUCUGUCCAACUCUUCACUGUACCUACUCUGAACUAUGAGCGAUUGCAGAGUGAUUUUAUGAAAGAUGACCACGACAGAGAGUUCUCAAUUGCUGACCUCUCGAUACAGAUAUUCACAGUGCCUUCUCUUGCUCGAAUGCUAAUAACGGAAGAAAAUCUCAUGACCACUAUCAUCAAAACUUUUAUGGACCACUUAAGGCACCGUGACGUCCAAGGCAGGUUUCAGUUUGAACGUUACACUGCUCUACAGGCUUUCAAAUUCAGGCGUGUUCAGAGCCUUAUUUUGGAUCUGAAGUAUGUGUUGAUAAGUAAGCCAACUGAGUGGUCAGAUGACUUGAGGCACAAGUUCCUAGAGGGUUUUGAUGCCUUCUUAGAGCUACUAAAAUGUAUGCAGGGUAUGGAUCCAAUAACUCGUCAAGUAGGACAACACAUAGAAAUGGAACCAGAAUGGGAAGCAGCAUUUACAUUGCAGAUGAAAUUAACACUUGUUAUUUCAAUGAUGCAGGACUGGUGUGCUUUAGAUGAAAAAGUGUUAAUUGAAGCUUACAAGAAAUGCCUGACUGUGUUGAUGCAGUGUCAUAGUGGUUUUACUGACGGAGAACAGCCUAUUGUUCUCAGUAUGUGUGGACAUUCAGUUGAGACGAUCAGAUACUGUGUUUCUCAGGAAAAAGUUAGCAUUCAUCUCCCCGUUUCUCGUUUACUUGCAGGCUUGCAUGUUUUGCUGAGUAAAACUGAAGUGGCAUAUAAGUUUCCAGAGCUGCUACCCCUGAGUGAACUUAGCCCACCUAUGUUAAUAGAACAUCCUCUACGAUGCUUAGUCCUAUGUGCCCAAGUGCAUGCAGGGAUGUGGAGAAGAAAUGGGUUCUCUCUUGUUAAUCAGAUUUAUUACUAUCAUAAUGUGAAGUGCAGGAGGGAGAUGUUUGACAAGGACAUAGUAAUGCUUCAGACAGGUGUGUCUAUGAUGGAUCCAAAUCACUUCUUGAUGAUAAUGCUGAGUCGCUUUGAACUUUAUCAGAUAUUUAGUACUCCGGACUAUGGCAAAAGAUUUAGCACAGAAAAUACUAACAAGGAUGUUGUUCAACAAAAUAACACUCUUAUUGAAGAGAUGCUAUACCUCAUUAUAAUGAUUGUUGGCGAAAGAUUCAGUCCUGGAAUAGGACAGGUAAAUGCAACAGAUGAAAUCAAACGAGAAAUCAUUCAUCAGCUGAGCAUCAGGCCAAUGGCUCACAGUGAAUUGGUAAAGGCAUUACCUGAAGAUGAGAACAAAGAGACUGGAAUGGAAAGUGUGAUUGAAGAAGUGGCGUGUUUCAAGAAACCUGGAUUAACAGGCAGAGGGCUCUAUGAACUAAAACCAGAAUGUGCCAGGAACUUCAAUCUGUAUUUCUAUCACUUUUCAAGGGCAGAGCAAUCAAAGGCAGAGGAAGCACAAAGAAAGCUGAAAAGGCAGAACAGAGAAGAUACAGCACUUCCACCACCCGCUCUUCCUCCUUUCUGCCCUCUUUUUGCAAGUCUGGUUAAUAUUCUGCAAUCUGAUGUCAUGCUGUGCAUUAUGGGAACUAUACUGCAGUGGGCAGUAGAACACAAUGGCUAUGCCUGGUCAGAGUCCAUGCUGCAAAGGGUUUUGCAUUUGCUUGGAAUGGCACUACAAGAAGAAAAACAACAUCUGGAGAAUCUCAGUGAGGAGAAUGUUGUAACAUUUUCCUUCACUCAGAAAAUAUCAAGACCAGGAGAAGCACCCAAUAAUUCCCCUAGUAUACUAGCUAUGCUAGAAACACUGCAAAACGCACCUCAUCUGGAAGUGCACAAGGACAUGAUCAGAUGGAUAUUGAAGACUUUUAAUACUAUUAAGAAACUAAGAGAAAGCUCUUCGGCAAGUCCUGUGGCUGAGACAGAAGGAAAUAUUAUGGAGGAGAGUUCACGUGAUAAAGACAAAGCUGAAAGGAAGCGGAAAGCUGAGAUUGCCAGACUGCGCAGGGAAAAAAUCAUGGCCCAGAUGUCUGAGAUGCAACGGCAUUUCAUUAAUGAAAACAAAGAACUCUUUCAGCAGACUUUGGAGGAGCUUGAUACUUCAACUUCUGGAGUACAUGAAAACAGCCCUGUAAUUUCAGAUGCAAAACUCAUAGCCUUGGGACCAGAGCAAACUAGAGUAGCUGAACACAGACAGGUUGUUAUGUGUAUUUUGUGUCAGGAGGAACAAGAAGUUAAAGUGGACAGCAGAGCUAUGGUCUUGGCAGCAUUUAUUCAGCGAUCAACUGUGUUGUCUAAAAAUAGAAACAAAAUUAUUCCAGACCCUGAAAAGUAUGACCCAUUAUUCAUGCACCCAGAUCUGUCAUGUGGAACACACACGGGUAGCUGUGGACAUAUCAUGCACGCUCAUUGUUGGCAAAGGUACUUUGAUGCUGUCCAAGCGAAAGAGCAACGAAGACAACAAAGAUUACGAGUACACACAAGUUACGAUGUAGAAAACGGUGAAUUCCUUUGCCCACUUUGUGAAUGCUUAAGCAACACUGUUAUUCCUCUGCUUCCUCCACCAAGGGUUUUGUUUAACAGGUUAGACAUUUCAGGCCAACCAAACCUAACUCAGUGGAUCAAAACAAUAUCCCAGCAAAUAAAAGCGCUGUAUUUACUUCGAGAUGAAGACUGUGCAAGUAAUUCUGGUAAUUCAGAAAAAAUGGAUCAGCUGCAACUACCUGAAGGAUUUAGACCAGCUUUCAAACCGAAGAAUCCUUAUUCUGAGAGCAUAAAGGAGAUGUUGACAACUUUUGGUACAGCAACGUACAAAGUGGGCUUAAAGGUUCAUCCGAAUGAAGAUGAUCCACGUGUACCUAUAAUGUGCUGGGGAAGCUGUGCUUACACAAUACAGAGUAUAGAACGAAUUUUAGCUGAUGAAGAUAAACCUUUAUUUGGUCAUUUACCUUGUCGACAGGAUGACUGCCUUACAUCAUUAACAAGAUUUGCAGCAGCUCACUGGACAGUUUCAUCUCUUUCGGCAGUACAGGGUCACUUUUGUACUCUCUUAGCAUCAUUGGUGCCUAAUGAAAAAAAUGGAAAUCUUCCUUGCAUACUUGAUAUUGACAUGUUUCAUUUAUUGGUAAGCUUGGUGCUCUCUUCCCCUGCCAUACAUUGUCAGGAUUUUUCAGGGGUUAGUCUUGGCACUGGAGAUCUUCACCUGUUUCAUCUUGUCACCAUGGCACACAUAGUACAAAUUUUACUUACCUCAUCAACAGAAGAGAAUGGUAUGGAUCAAGAAAACACUAACAGUGAGGAGGAAGUAGCUGUGCUUACACUGUAUAAAUUUCUUUGCCAGUGUACAGGAAGUGCCUUGAAAGAAAUUUCCUCAGGCUGGCACCUGUGGAGGAAUCUAAAAGCUGGAAUCAUGCCUUUCCUGAGAUGUUCUGCUUUGUUUUUCCAUUACUUAAAUGGAGUCCCAGCACCCUCAGAAAUUCAAGCAAAUGGAACAAACCAGUUUGAACACCUAUGUAGCUAUCUUUCCUUGCCAAACAACCUUACUUGCCUUUUUCAAGAAAAUAGUGAAAUUCUGAACACAUUAAUAGAAAGUUGGUGUAGUAACAAUGAAGUAAAAAGAUAUCUCGAAGGCAAGAGAUGUGCUAUCAGCUAUGCAAGAGAAUCCAACAAAUUAAUAGACCUCCCGGACGACUACAGCUGCCUCAUUAACCAAGCAUCCAAUUUCUCGUGUCCGAAGUCAGGUGGUGAUAAAAGCAGAGCCCCAACAUUGUGCCUUGUGUGUGGAACCAUGCUGUGUUCUCAGAGUUACUGUUGUCAGACUGAAUUGGAAGGAGAAGAUGUUGGAGCCUGUACUGCACAUACAUACACUUGUGGUUCUGGAGUGGGCAUAUUCCUUAGAGUACGAGAAUGUCAGGUGCUAUUUUUAGCUGGAAAAACAAAGGGCUGCUUUUAUCCUCCUCCUUAUCUCGAUGACUAUGGAGAGACAGACCAGGGACUCAGACGUGGGAAUCCCUUACAUCUGUGCAGAGAACGAUUUAAAAAGAUUCAGAAACUCUGGCAGCAGCACAGUAUCACAGAGGAAAUUGGACAUGCACAAGAAGCAAAUCAAACACUAGUUGGCAUUGAUUGGCAGCAUUUAUAAUGGUUAUCUGCUGAAGAGUGGGACUCUGUUAAGAUUUUUGUAACUCAGUAAGCUUUUCAAAGGAUUAAGAAAAAAAGUCUGAGGGGAAAAAAAAAAAAACAACAACAAAAACAACAAACCAAACCCAGUCCUGUUAUUUAAUCUUUGUUUUACAAUGUAUUUCAUAAAGAUACCAGUUAACAUUAAUCAAGUAAACUUCUUUCUAUGUAAGCAAGUUUUAUUAGUCAUAUAAUUUGCACUGUGCUUCCUUCACAGAAAUGUCUUGGGUUAUAAACCUGGGCAAAUGAACUUGAGUUUCUGAUAAAAAAAAGAAUGACUCUUUUUGGAAGUCUGACUAUGAUUUUUUCUUAUAAACUGCAAGAGAAAAAGACUGCUGAAACAGAAACUAGAUAGAGCACAAUUAUGGAUUGUGUUUUGCCCCUUGCUAGUAAUCUGAGCCGUCUUAUUUAUUAUUCUGCAUUUUAAUACUUAAGCUGUGUGUACACGCAAUGGAAUGAAGUAAGGAAGCAAAUAAUGUAGCAAAUGGAUGUUUCUGUC